ACACCAAAAACACUCUAAUGAAUAAAUCCGUAAGUUCAGGAUAUGCUGCUCUGUUCUUGCCAAUUGCCAUUCUCGUUUGUUUCCCGAGGCCUUAAACAUUAUUCGGAUGGACGUCUAUACCCAGUAAGAUCUACGAUCCCUAUAAUGCAUUUCUACUACAAACAGUCUCUCAAUCCAUCUCCUUUUAAACCCCAUUUUGGGUUGUUAUAAAAUUCAACUCAGUCUCUAGCCAUCUCUCGGUACCACAACAGACAUGGGCACCAAUGCUUCUUCCGACCUUGAUCAAUACACUCGUCUGCUGGACAGCCCAUCUCCUCGGGCGGCGACAUCCCGGAGACCGUUGAGGGGUUUUGUGGUGAUCCUCGCAUCGGUCAUUUUUCUUAUUUCUAUAAUCGGGUUAAUAAUUAACCAAAACCAAGAGCAAAGGAAGGACUCGUCUUCGGUGUCGACGCCAGAAGCGACGUCGUUUCCAAAGGUGCCAAGAGGGGUGGCUGAAGGUGUAUCGACGAAGUCAAAUCCGUCAUUUGUCAAGGAAGGAGAUUCUUUUAAUUGGACUAAUGCCAUGUUUUCUUGGCAAAGAACUGCCUACCACUUUCAGCCUGAGAGAAAUUGGAUGAACGAUCCUGACGGUCCAUUGUAUUACAAGGGGUGGUAUCAUCUGUUCUACCAGUAUAAUCCCGACUCAGCUGUAUGGGGCAACAUCACGUGGGGCCAUGCUGUAUCAACGGACCUCAUUCACUGGCUUUACCUUCCGAUCGCAAUGGUUCCGAACGAGUGGUACGACAUAAACGGUGUGUGGACGGGGUCCGCCACCCUCCUUCCUGAUGGUCAGAUCGUUAUGCUUUAUACCGGGGACACCAAUGAAUUAGUGCAAGUGCAAAAUCUUGCAUGGCCUGCCAACCUAUCUGAUCCUCUUCUCCUUCACUGGGUCAAGUAUCCAGACAAUCCAGUCAUGGUCCCCCCACCCGGUAUUGGACUCAAAGACUUUAGAGACCCGACCACUGCCUGGAUGGGAUCCGAUGGAUUUUGGCGACUCAUAAUCGGGUCAAAGGUCAACAAGACGGGUAUUGCCCUUGUGUAUAAAACCGCCAAUUUUACAACUUACGAGCUUUUGGAUCAUUAUUUGCAUGAGGUUCCGGGUACGGGUAUGUGGGAGUGUGUGGACUUUUACCCGGUUGCGGUAAACGGGUCAAUUGGUUUGGAUACAUCCGCAUGUGGUCCGGGUAUAAAGCAUGUGUUGAAGGCUAGUUUGGAUGACACAAAGGUGGAUCAUUAUGCAAUUGGGGAAUAUGACCCGGUAACUGAUAUAUGGACACCCGAUAACCCGGUGGAAGAUGUGGGUAUUGGGUUAAAGGUGGACUAUGGAAGGUACUAUGCAUCAAAGACAUUCUUUGACCAAGACACGGGUAGGAGAAUCUUGUGGGGUUGGAUUAACGAAACUGAUGACGAAGCUGAUGACCUUAGGAAAGGUUGGGCCUCUGUUCAGACAAUUCCAAGGACUGUGUUAUUCGACAACAAAACUGGAGUCAAUUUACUAGAAUGGCCAGUUGAAGAGAUUGAGACUCUGAGAUUGAACAGAACAGAUGUCAAAGACAUUGAGGUUGGACCAGGCUCAGUGGUGCCAAUUGAUAUUGGCACUGCCACACAGUUAGACAUAUUGGCCGAGUUUGAAAUACAGUUAUUAACGGAAACCGUAAAUGAAGACCGCAGCUGCGGUGGUGGUGCAGCUGAAAGGAGCAUCUUAGGACCUUUUGGUCUCCUGGUCAUUGCAGACGCAUCACUUUCUGAGCUAACCCCUGUAUUUUUCCGCCCCGUUAAUAAAAGCGAUGGCAGUCCCAAAACUUACUUCUGCGCUGAUGAAACAAGAUCAUCUUUGGCUCCCGAAGUCAUGAAGAGAGUUUAUGGAGGCACAGUCCCAGUGCUUGCCGAUGAAAGGUUCCAAAUGAGGGUUUUGGUUGAUCAUUCGAUAGUCGAAAGCUUUGCCCAAGGAGGAAGGACGGUUAUCACAUCGCGGGUAUAUCCAACGAAGGCCAUCUAUGGAGAUGCUCGAUUGUUUUUGUUCAACAAUGCAACAGGAGUGAAGAUCAAAGCCUCACUCAAAAUUUGGCAGCUUAACUCUGCCUUCAUUCAUCCUUUUCCAUUAGACCAAAUAUAGAGCAAUUCAUUGCCAAACCGGCCCAUGCCCAUUGUAGGGGACUUGUACGCGGAUGUUAUUUACAUUUUUACCAUUGCCAACCCCAUUGGAGGAUUGUAUUCUAUCCCAUUGUUAGUCCAUUUGGUUCUAAAAAAUGUUCCAUAUUGUU